UGACAGUGUAAUUAAACAUUUACUAAAAGUGGGUCACCAUAAAUUUUAUAUAAAAAAAAAAAAAAAAAAGACAUUAAAAUUAAAAGAUGACCAGUUUAAACAUUCAUACCGAACCGAUGGCGAUUCAAACUAACGGUAAUGGCAAUGGAUCUAUAUCAACAUUUAAUAACAACGACGACGAGGGUUUAACUAUGAAAAUCCAUCAUUUGAAUUCAUUAUCAUCGUUGGAUGCCUCAAUACCGGCCUCGCCGUCGGGAAGUGCAACGUUCAAACGUAACACCAGUUACGGAAAUUUAAUGCCAACGGAAACGAAAGAAACACGUGUUCGUGUCAUAUACACCGGUGGUACGAUCGGUAUGAUGAGAAAUGAAAAAAAUGUUUUAGCACCCAUACCUAAUGCGUUCUUGAAACGCAUACGUAAAUAUCCGAACAUGCACGACGAGGAGUAUGCGCAAAAAAGAUUUGGUCAAUCGGCCGCUAUGGCACCGUUGGUGUUACCGUAUAUUCAAGGUGAAAGUAAUCGAGUAAUUUAUCAAAUCACCGAAUACACACCGCUACUUGAUUCAAGCAAUAUGACGAUGCACGAUUGGGCCCGAAUAGCCAAAGAUAUACAUCAAACUUAUGAAUUUUUCGAUGGUUUCGUCGUGCUACAUGGUACCGACACGUUGUCUUAUACCGCUUCGGCCUUAUCGUUUAUGCUAGAGAAUCUUGGAAAGACCGUAAUUAUAACCGGUUCACAAAUUCCUAUCUUUGAAACCCGAACGGACGGCAAGGAUAAUUUUACGUCCGCUUUAAUAAUUGCUGGCAAUUAUGUCAUACCUGAGGUCUGCGUCAUCUUUGGAAAUAAGUUAAUGCGGGGUAAUCGUACCGUUAAAGUUAGUUCGAACUCUUUGGAUGCCUUUGAUUCGCCGAAUGUACCACCGUUGGCUCACAUAGGCAUCAACGUUGACGUUGAUUAUCGCUUAAUAUUCCGCCCGUGUAAGGUGUCACGAUUCACGGUACAUUCCGAUUUAGAUGAAAAUGUCGGCAUAUUGCGCAUAUUUCCCAGUAUUUCUACAUUGACAGUUAAAGCAUUUUUAACGUCACCAAUGAAAGGCGUAGUAUUGCAAUCGUUUGGAUCAGGUAACGUGCCGGCAAAUCGUGAAGAUUUAUUACAAGAAUUGAAAGGAGCCGCCGAUCGUGGUGUCAUUAUUAUCAAUUGCACUCAAUGCCCUAACGGCUCAGUGGCAGAAAUUUACCAAACCGGAAAAGUUUUAGUUGAUAUGGGUGUAUUACCUGGUUUCGAUAUGACGCCUGAGGCUGCUUUAACAAAACUCUCCUAUGUUUUGGGUAAAAAAGAAUGGUCUUUGGAUAUUAAGAAACAGAUGAUGCAAUCAAACUUAAGAGGAGAAUUGACGUCGAAUUCCGGGCCGCAAAUGGAGGAAUAUGAUCUAGUGGAUGCAGUAGCUCGUUCUUUGCACUUAUCAUCGCCUCAAGAAUUAAGUCAAUUGGGUGCUACCCUCUUCCCCGCUAUGCUCAAUGCGGCCGUCGUAGCCGGCGACAUAGAAAAGAUAAAUAAUCUUAAAGCUUACGGAGCUGAUCUAUCUGGAGUUAAUUCAGAUAAUCGUACAGCACUUCAUUUGGCCUGCCAUGAGGGAAACAUGACGGUUGUGAAUCAUUUACUAUUGAAUGGCGUUUCUGUGCACAUACGGGAUCGUUACGAGCGUACACCUCUGUUAGAAGCGAUUGCCACCGAUAAUCAUGAAAUUAUUAAACUAUUACGAAAUUGUGGAGCGCAUUUGACGGGUUCGUCACGAGCUAUCGGUGAACAAUUAUGCGCAGCCGCAGCACGAAAUUCCUUGUUGCGUUUGCAAUCGUAUCAAUUGGCAGGAGCCGACCUUUCUCAACCGGAUACCUCCCGUCGCACAGCUUUACAUGUCGCCGCGGCUCACGGCCAUGAAAAAAUCGUCCGAUAUUUACUUAACUACGUAGAUACAGUGAAUGAACCUGAUAUGCUUGGUCUCAACGCCAUGGAUUACGCUCAACGAGCCGAUCAACAGCACAUUAUACAAUUGCUAAAAGAAUGGUCUGGAGAAGGAUCGGAAAAAAUAAAUUAAAUCUAACCUAAUCAUCAUAUAUAUAUAUAUAUAUAUAUACAAAUAUAAUUUUAAUUUCCUAAUUUUAUGUUUUGGUGUCA